AUGGCAAGCAAAUUUUUAUGUUUGUCUUCUUCUUUUCAUCAUCAGCUUUUGACUGCUCUGUCGCUUUUGGCUCUGACCGGCUGCUGCUUGGGUGGCUUUGCAGCCACCUACUCGGGCUUCCAUCCUGCGUAUGCCACCUACCAGGCAGCUCCUACCUUUUACCAUGCUGCGCCUGCCGCUUUCUACCAGCAAGCGACGGCUCCUGUGCUGGCCAAGACUGUGCUGCCCGUUGCGCCGGCUUACACCAAGUCCUAUGCUGUGCCCACGCCCUUCGUAAAGGCCGUUGCUCCCGUUGUGAGAACCUAUGCUGCGGCUCCUGCGGCUGUGGCUGCUGUUGCACCCGUUGUGAAAACUAUUGCUGCUGCUCCUCUCGCUCCGGUUGUCAAGCAAGUGGAACUCGAGUCUGCUCCCCGCUACGAUUUCUCGUAUGGUGUGCAUGAUUCCCUCACCGGCGACAUUAAGAGCCAAACGGAGAGCCGAGACGGCGGCAAUGUGGUUGGCUCCUACAGCGUCCUUGAUGCCGAUGGCUACAAGCGUACGGUAACCUACACGGCCGAUGACAUCAAUGGCUUUAAUGCGGUGGUGCAGCGUGAGCCUGUGGUGGCUGCCCGUACUGCCGUUGUGGCACCUGUUGCCCCAGUUCCCGUUGUAUCCCCGGCUGCAGUUGCUGCUCCCAGUGUUCUGCCCGCACCCAUAUACUAUCCACAACAGCAGCUGUUCCAGCCACAACAGCAGUUGUUACAGCCACAACAGCAGGCUGGUGCCGAGCAGGAAAGCGAAGUUGUGGAAGCACCACGCCAGCCCGAUCAGGAGCCAGCACCCGUUGAUUACUCUGAUGCCCAACAGCAGCAGCAGCAGGCUUAUCCACAGGAUCAGCAGUUCCCACCCUACCCAUCCGCUUCACCAGCCCCUGCCGCCACGUCCGAUGAUUCGGAUUCCGAUGUGGUGGAGGCUCGCUCCGCCCAGGAGUCCAGCAGCACCACCGCUGCCCCAGCUGCCGUUAACGAAGAGGACAAGGAGCAGGACAACAAGUCCGCUUAGAUUGUGAUCCAUCAUUAAGCACCUGAAUAUUCCAUAUAUUUUGUUGAGAUUAAAACCGUGUAUACAUUCCUAGCCCAAAUUGUUUACUUCCAUUCAAUCCUUUCUUCUCUCUUCCGGGAAUGUUUCUCCCCAUCAUAUAGCAUGUCAUGUGAACGACUUCAAUAGCAUCCCAGUAUAUUUUCCUCAAAAGAAAAAAAAAACAUUUACUAUUUUAUGUUGAUUUUUAAAUUAUUAACUAUAGCGAGUCCCGAAAAGAAGAAAAUUUAAUAAGUGUCAUCUAUCCAUUGCAAGUGGAGUCUUAUGUACAAAAAUUUUGCAUACUAGAAAAUUAUAAAUUGAAGCAAAAAUCGAGAUCGGCGUAGAAAUAUCGCACGCUGUUUUACAAAAUAUCAAUAUAUCGAUAUAGUUUAAGCAUCCCUAGACAAGUCAAGCAUCUCGUUCAAAUUAAACGGAACUUUUGGAGCACAAAGCAGGCAUUGAAGUCAUAUUCCCUGCGAUAUUCUGUAUUACAGUUAUAACAUCUCACAGUUUUAUUCAGAUUUUAAACGCGUUAACACGUUCACAAAUUUGGUGUUCUACUCAAAAUUUGAAGUUAAGGUAAAAGUUUGGAAAUUUUAUGUGAAAUUAUUUAGAAAGAGUUAGCACGCCCAUUCAGUGAACCAUAUUUUAAUAUACGGCUAAAAUAAAAGCUGUACACUUGUUAUCGUAGCAGAAACAAAUUUUUAAAUUAUUC